AUGGAUCUAGUACUGGACCAGGCAGAGCCAAAGGGGGAGGAGAAGAGGGCCAAUUCUGCAAGGAACUCAAAAAAUUCCAGCAGUCUCUACCGCACGUCUGUCAAGCCACUAAUUGAGAAACGGCGCAGGGCCCGCAUCAAUGCAAGUCUGGAACAGCUGAGGAAGCUACUGCAGCAGCCCUCGGACCAGCAGAACGGUAGAGCCUUGUCACGUUUGGAGAAAGCAGAGAUUCUGGAGAUGACUGUGCAGCAGCUCCGCCAGCUCAAGCAGCAAGGUGCUGUUGUUCCUUCUCCUUCCCAAGACAGCCAAAAUUUUGCUGCUGGUUAUUGCCACUGUAUCAAAACGGUCAGUAAUUCCCUGAACUCAGCUGGCUACUCUUUCGGUCAGGCCAUGACAUCUCAGAUCCUGCAACACUUGGAAGAGGCUCCAGGGACCAAGACAUCCACUGCACCAGCUCCAGUUUCCAAGGUCUGGCAACGGCACAAGGCACACCCUCUCCCCUCGCUCCAGCCUUCCUUCCUAUGGGCAUCUCCUCCUUCACUGAGGCCAGCAGGGCCUCCUCUUUCAGACUCCCACACCCUCGUUGGGUCUUGGUCAAAUCCUUCUCCAACAUCUAUGCUGUUGCCCCAUCUACAUGUACCUUGGACCCAACCAACCUCGCCUGCUGCUACCACCCAUAUGUGGAGACCAUGGUGAAGGAUAUGCUGAAAUAACAGGGCUUGGCCUCACUCAAAAAGGGACAACCAGGCUAGAACGAGGAUGAAACAAAGCA